CGACGCCUGCGCACUGAGCGCAGGUUGCCCAUGCGGCCCUAGGGCUGGGAGCGCCGCGCCGCGCUCCGCUGCGGGGGAGGCCAUGGCGGAACCUUCCCAGGCCUCGACCCCAGCUCCGGCUACGCAGCCCCGUCCCCUUCAGUCUCCAACCCCUGCCCCAACUCCGACUCCUGCCCCCAGCCCGGCUUCAGCCCCGACUCCGGCUCCCACUCCGGCACCAGCCCCCGCCCCAGCUGCAGCGCCAGCCGGCAGCACAGGGACUGGGGGUCCCGGGGUAGGAAGUGGGGGGACCGGGAGCGGAGGGGAUCCGGCUCGACCUGGUCUGAGCCAGCAGCAGCGCGCCAGCCAGAGGAAGGCGCAAGUCCGGGGGCUGCCGCGGGCCAAGAAGCUUGAGAAGCUAGGGGUCUUCUCGGCUUGCAAGGCCAAUGAAACCUGUAAGUGUAAUGGAUGGAAAAACCCCAAGCCCCCCACUGCACCCCGCAUGGACCUGCAGCAGCCAGCUGCCAACCUGAGCGAGCUGUGCCGCAGCUGUGAGCACCCCUUGGCUGACCACGUGUCCCACCUGGAGAAUGUGUCAGAGGAUGAGAUUAACCGACUGCUGGGUAUGGUGGUGGACGUGGAGAAUCUCUUUAUGUCUGUUCACAAAGAAGAGGACACAGACACUAAGCAGGUCUAUUUCUAUCUCUUCAAGCUGCUGCGGAAAUGCAUCCUGCAGAUGACCCGGCCGGUGGUGGAGGGCUCCCUGGGCAGUCCCCCGUUUGAGAAGCCUAAUAUUGAGCAGGGUGUGCUGAACUUUGUGCAGUACAAGUUUAGUCACCUGGCUCCUCGGGAGCGGCAGACGAUGUUUGAGCUCUCAAAGAUGUUCCUGCUUUGCCUUAACUACUGGAAGCUUGAGACGCCUGCCCAAUUUCGGCAGCGGUCUCAGGCCGAGGACGUGGCUACCUACAAGGUCAAUUAUACCAGAUGGCUCUGCUACUGCCACGUGCCCCAGAGCUGUGACAGCCUCCCCCGCUACGAGACCACUCACAUCUUUGGGCGAAGCCUCCUCCGCUCCAUCUUCACUGUGACCCGGCGGCAGUUGCUGGAGAAAUUCCGGGUGGAGAAGGACAAGUUGGUGCCUGAGAAGAGGACCCUCAUCCUUACCCACUUCCCAAAAUUCCUGUCCAUGCUGGAGGAGGAGAUCUAUGGGGCAAACUCUCCAAUCUGGGAGUCCGGCUUCACCAUGCCACCCUCAGAGGGGACCCAGCUGGUGCCCAGGCCGGCUACAGUCAGCGCGGCAGUUGUCCCCAGUGCCCCCAUCUUCAGCCCCACCAUGGGUGGGGGCAGCAACAGCUCCUUAAGCCUGGAUUCCGGAGGGGCUGAGCCCAUGCCAGCAGGUGAGAAGAGGAAGCUCCCGGAGAACCUGACCCUGGAGGAUGCCAAGCGGCUCCGUGUCAUGGGCGACAUCCCCAUGGAGCUGGUCAACGAGGUCAUGCUCACCAUCACUGACCCUGCCGCCAUGCUGGGGCCUGAGACGAGCCUGCUGUCGGCCAACGCAGCCCGGGACGAGACGGCCCGCCUGGAGGAGCGCCGCGGCAUCAUCGAGUUCCACGUCAUCGGCAACUCGCUGACACCCAAGGCCAACCGGCGGGUGCUGCUCUGGCUUGUGGGGCUGCAGAACGUCUUCUCCCACCAGCUGCCGCGCAUGCCCAAGGAGUACAUCGCCCGCCUCGUCUUUGACCCGAAGCACAAGACUCUGGCCUUGAUCAAGGAUGGGCGGGUCAUCGGUGGGAUCUGCUUCCGCAUGUUUCCCACUCAGGGCUUCACAGAGAUUGUCUUCUGCGCUGUCACCUCAAACGAGCAGGUCAAGGGCUAUGGCACUCACCUGAUGAACCACCUGAAGGAGUAUCAUAUCAAACACAACGUCCUGUACUUCCUCACCUACGCCGACGAGUAUGCCAUUGGCUACUUCAAAAAGCAGGGCUUCUCCAAGGACAUCAAAGUGCCCAAGAGCCGCUACCUGGGCUACAUUAAGGACUAUGAGGGUGCAACGUUGAUGGAGUGUGAGCUGAAUCCCCGGAUCCCCUACACGGAACUGUCCCACAUCAUCAAAAAGCAGAAGGAGAUCAUCAAGAAGCUGAUUGAACGCAAACAGGCCCAGAUCCGAAAGGUCUACCCUGGGCUCAGCUGCUUCAAGGAGGGUGUGAGGCAGAUCCCUGUGGAGAGUGUCCCCGGCAUUCGAGAGACGGGCUGGAAGCCACUGGGGAAGGAGAAGGGGAAGGAGUUGAAGGAUCCAGACCAGCUCUACACAACCCUCAAAAACUUGCUGGCCCAGAUCAAGUCACACCCCAGUGCCUGGCCCUUCAUGGAGCCUGUGAAGAAGUCGGAGGCCCCUGACUACUACGAGGUCAUCCGCUUCCCUAUCGACCUGAAGACCAUGACAGAGCGACUGCGCAGCCGUUACUAUGUCACCCGCAAGCUCUUCGUGGCCGACCUGCAGCGGGUCAUCGCCAACUGCCGCGAGUACAACCCCCCGGACAGCGAGUACUGCCGCUGCGCCAGCGCCCUGGAGAAGUUCUUCUAUUUCAAGCUCAAGGAGGGGGGGCUCAUUGACAAGUAGUCUCUGGCUUUGGACUGCAGCCUUGACCUGGAAGUCUCCACCUCGGGUUCUGAUAUGGUCGUGAGGGCUAGCCCUGGUGCCCACGUGCCUCUCAGUUUGAGACACUCCAGCCCUCGGCCCUGAAACCCUUUCUGGAUCCUCGGGUGCCCCCACACCUGCAGACAGAGCUUUCGUUGUAUCUGAUCUUGGGGAGGGGUCUCCUGGGUCUGGGGCUCAGCUCCUCUAAAGUGGCUGGUGGCUAGGGGGUAAGCCCUGCCCGGCCCCAGUGGCCCCCAGCCGUUCCCCACAGAGCCGUGGAGUCCUGGAGUCCUGGGGCUGACCCACCCCACUGUUUCCUCAAGGGUCAGGACUGCCCAUUUUAGCUUGAGGGAGGGGGCUUCAGCGUUUGGAAGUUCAACUGGGACUGGAGGGGCCGUGCCUCACCCUGCACUGUUCUGUCUGUCCCCCAGGAGUGGGGGGUCUGGGGACCAUUCAUUUCCUGGCAUUAAUCCCUCAGAGGGAACAAUAAAGCUCCUUUUUUUUCUCUG